AAUUAUAUUUUCAUCAUUGUCAUUGCGAGUCCUUCACAUCAUCGCCAAGAUUCAGUCCAAUGUUCAGAAAUGAUCGCAACAUUACUUUGUUUCAGCCUCAUACUGCUAAUGUGAGAGUAACUGACCCCCACUGUCACUAAAAUACGUUCAGGAGAGCAGAUCAUGAGGGAGAAAGCAUAAAGAAUUCCAGCUGUUUUAUCAUGAUGGAAAGGGGAAGGGAGUGGGUGUGAUCCCGAAUGAGGAGAUUCUUGUGGAGGCGAAGAGAGUAGUCUGAUGCUGGAAGGUGUGAUGAUGUCUUGUCAGUGGUAGUAUGUAAGCCAAAGGAGGAGAAAUUCUGGAGAGGUGAUAACUAUGAAAUAGUUACCCAGUAGUUACUGAAUAAUUGAGAUUCAGUUCUUCUGUAUAUACCCUGUAAUUCUUUGUGAUUUUCCUCUUGUUGCAAAGCGUAUAUAGAAUUAGUAUUUAUAUGUGCAUUGUGAUUUCAAAAGAAAACUUCCAUUCACACUAACUAAAGGGUAAAGGUCAAUUCCCGGAGGUUCUUCCAGAUGGACGGCAACACUUAAAAUGCUCGUGGAGACUGGAAGGAGGAAAUCAGAUAAGGAGACCAUUUGGUGGAAUUAAGACGUGUUUAGAGGAAAAGGUUUACUUAAAAAAAAAAAAAAAAGUGGAACACCAAAGUGACAGAAGUACAGAAAUGUAGCACAAGGGGGAAGGUGGAUAUGGUAAAGGGUGUUUGAGGACCUGAAUGCCAGGGUGGACAUAAAGGAGGGAGAGGUGGAUAUGUACAGGGGAGGGAGAGAAACAGAUGGAAGGAUGUGCAGCGGGUUAGGGAGGUCGAGGGCAGAGAUGGAAAUGUGUUGAUGCGUUCCUCAAGUGUGAUGAAAAAAAUGGAAGUAGGAGUUUGAAGAGCUGAUGAGAGAAGACGAUGUCAACAGUCCUGAUCAAUGGGAAGUGUGGGGAAAGAGGCGAAAAGGUGUGUACAAGCAGGUUGGAACAGCUGGAGGAAGGUUUCAGGUGUGAUAUGUGACAAGAGUCUCAGCAGGAAUGAAAGGAAAGGUGUAGAAGACUGUGGCGAGAGCAGCCAUGUUGUUGUGGCUCUGAGAAAGAGACAGGAGGCAGAGCUGGAGGUAGCAGAGCUGAAGAUGCUGAAGUUCUCUUUGAAAAUGAUUAGGGGUCAGGAACUAAUACAUUAGAGGAACAGCUAAUGUUAGAUGUUUUGGAUAGAAAAGCAGACUGGAACAGAAAAGAGGCCUAGAGGAAGACCAACAUGGAGGUACAUGGACAUGGUGUAAAGGAUGAGGAUAGAGAAGAUAGGCUGGAGGGGAAACCAAUAGACUUUGUUGGGGUUGACGACACCACAGCUCGAUGGGUGCAGGACUUCAACCUGAAAUCAUACGCAACCCCUGCCAAACUUGAAUCCAUAGAUGGUGCCAGAUACCAAGCGCUGCUCAUCCCAGACUGCCCUGGAGCACUAAAUGACCUAGCACACAGCGGUUCGAUGCACCGCAUCCUCACACAGUUCAUCUCGCAGCAAAAGCUGGUGUGUGCUGUGGGUCAAGGAGUGUCUGCAUUGUGUUGCUCCACUGAGCGGCAAAAGUGGAUUUUCAGUGGCUAUAGCUUAACAGGACCGUCAGUGUUUGAACUGGUGCGGGAGCCGGACUUUGCCAACCUGCCGAUGAUUGUGGAAGAUUUUGUCAAAGACAGUGGGGGAUCGUACACUGGAAGUCAAGAAGACGCUGUCCAUGUAGUCAUAGACAGACACCUCAUUACCGGACAGAACACACAGUCAACAUCACUUGCUGUGAAUAAUCUCAUCCUCCUUUGCAAUGCUAAAUAAAAGCUGCUCGGUGGACAUUUGCAUGUAAUUGAAAACGUUUAUCUUGGUGAAAAAUACCACACACUAUGAAGCAAACAAAUCAACAGAAUCCACAAAAUCUACCCUUUAGAUGAUCAUUUAAAAAAAUUGAGAUUGAUUAAUAUUUCAAGCACAAACAAACAGGUCUGCUAGAAACGACCGAAGGGUUACUGCAGGCAUCAUCGGUGUGUGAACAUUGACAAGCCUUGCAUUGUAACGCAUACAUUCUGAUGAUCAUGCAUUAUCUGUGUCAAAACGCAGAUGAAUUAUUGCACUUUGAACAAAUCACAAUAAAGUACCCAAAAUUC